UGGAAGAGUAUCUGCUUUGCACAAUGAAGAUUCCAGAUUCAGCUCUUGGCAUCCUUGAAAAUCUGAAAAGCUAGAUGGAACAUUGGCUCAGCUCAGUAUAAAGUGGCCAAGCAGUCACUCAUUCAUAUAUAGAGAGAAUCACAUUGAAGAUUCGGAAGGUGAUCUCCCCCUUGAACCAUAAAGAUGGUGAUCAAUGUUUGCCUCCCACAAUUCAAACCAAGAAUCCACUGCAACAAGAUCUCUGCUGACGGAUAUGAAGUAGAGAAUUUGAUCUCAGAAGAUCUUGCGAAGAGAAAUCGUGGUUUUCGUUGUGAAUAUUUCAUCAAGCCCCCUGUCCAUGUGACUUUUUCUUUCCCCUUCAAUGUAGACAUUUGCCGGAUUAACAUAGACGUCUCCUCAGGUGCCUGUCACAACAUCACAGGGCUGGAUAUUUACACAUCUACCUCAUCUAGUAAACCCUCUUGGGCCAACCCAGAAUCUCCGUUCUCAGCUGGUCAGCCUGUAUUGGACAAAGAGGUUUUCACACUGGUGGGCAAAGCGGUGCUGAAGAAUCAAAGCAAAGUGACGUUCAGUCAUCGAGGCUUCAAGCCAAGACCUCCCUUUCAUCAUCAGAUGGACACUCCUUUCUCUUUUUCUGGCUCAGCAUCUCUGGACUUGUGGAAUAAAGGCCCAACCUCACUGAGCAGUGUGUCACACUUGAAAAUUUGCAUCACCCAUGUAGCAGGUGGAGGUCUCCCUUGUUUUAAGAAAGUGGAGGUUUGGGGCCAACCAGCCAAAUCCUGUUCUCAUGAAGUGGUCAGUGAUGUACUGCGGGUGGCCUCAGUGUCAUUGGCCCAAGGCUUUGGAGGGCAGACUGCCAGCCCCCCAUCGCCAAUGGAGAGCGACUUGGUACCCUUUGGCAACUCAGAUAGCCAGGAGCAAAAGCUGAUAGAUGCCAUUCAGAAUGUCCCUGAGGAGUUCCUGGACCCAAUCACUCUGGAGGUAAUGACUCUCCCCAUGCUGCUGCCCUCUGGCAAAGUGAUUGACCAAGGCACCCUGGAGAAGUGCAACCGAAGUGAGGCUUCAUGGGGGCGAGUGCCCAGUGACCCAUUCACUGGCGUGGCCUUCAGCCAGCACUCCCAGCCCCUUCCCCACCCUUCUCUCAAGGCAAGAAUAGACCACUUCCUUCUCCAGCACAGCAUCCCUGGCACUAACCUACUUGGGAGAGCUCAGACCUUGGGGACGGUAGUGGCCUCUUCUAUAGCCAUGUCUUCUCUUAAAAGGAAAAUAGACCUUGUGGAACAGAAGAUGACCAGCCACCGCGAGGUGGAACCUUCACGUUUUUCCGCAGCAAACUUGGUAGUCGCCUCAACCUUGGAAUCCUGUGCUAAAAAAAUGAAAAUGGAGUGUGAUACGAACUCCUCCCAGAUGGACUGCUCAACAGAUCUGGUUUCUCAUGAACAGAGGCUUUCUGAAAGUUUGGAUAGUGCUUUGAACUCAGCACUCAGCAACAUGCCAUUGUUCACAGCCACCUUGGCUAAAGGCCAGCAGCAACCACACAGCAGUGGCAGUUCUGACAUCCCAUGGAGCGCAAGCAGCACACUUGACCACAACCGGAGCAGCACCAGUGCCCAAGGAUGCUCUUCCUGCUCUCGGACCUUUUCUUUGUACUUCAAAACAGAACCUAUUUAUCAGCUGCCUUGUGGCCACUUGGUCUGUCGCUCAUGUCUGGCAGAGAAACAGAAAUCUUUAUCAAUACUGUGUAUGAAUUGUAAAAGGUUGGUCGCCACGCAUGACAUCUUGAGAGUCCAUUUCUAACACCUUUUUCCAAUGCGCUCUCUGGAAUUGGGUGAUCAAAAGAGUAUGUGAACCAUGCUGGGUUGGCUUGAAAAAGCAGGAGGGGCAACAUGAAGUCCUGCAAGGACAGGAGGCUACACAAACCUUGCAGACCAAAACUUCAGGAGGUUCUGAAGAAGACUUGCUGCCCCUUUGUGCGAAUAGGUGGCACUGUAGCCUUGUACAUUGUGCCAGAGCUAAAGUGAUCAAAGGAUAAUAAAGCCAUAUGCUUCUCUAUUUCCUUUUUGUUCCAAAAAGCUCAUUUAUAUACAAAAGUAGCAUCUGCGUAACCACAUUAUGGUAUCUUUGUGGGGGUGUUUUGGCCCCCUUUCGAACAGCUCAAGCGUAAAUGGCUUCUCAUUUGCAGGGAAGGGAGAGUAUCUGUUCCAUCUGCCAUACAGCCUCUUCAGUAAGAGAGCUUUAUGGUUAUAAGCAAAGGAAUAAAAAAAGGUAUCUGCUGUGGCACCUGUCCAUCAUUGGCAUCCUCCGUGUGGAGUUUUUUCUCCUCCAAAGAACACAUGAAAAGAAUGAACGAAAACGAUCCAACCACUCCUAAUGCUAACCAGGCGCUGGGAUUGUUUUGAACACAAGUACCUACCUGGGAGGAGUGAGUCGGGCAUUGUUCGAAAAAGUGUUGGUGCCAGUUUUCGUUAGCUGUACAACAUGUAUUUCUUUAAAAAGCAAACACACAUCAGUGUGUUAUGUAUGCACUACAUUUGUUGUUGCUCUUGAUUUCUGUUGUGCAUCUAAGUCAGAAAAGUGGUCUGCUCUUUGCCUGUCCAUCAAAUAAAUAUGUAAGCCUUAAUAAAAUUAUGAUCAGAAGCCGCUGAUCUCCUCUGGGCUUUUA